UCACUACCAAUCUCCCCCUUCCUUAGUCACCCGUGUCGACGCUUUUCAUCAAAGUGUGUGUGGUUGACGCUUGCUAAGCUUGCUUGCUCCGUGCGCCACUGCUCCGUUCUCUCGCGACGAUUCUCUAAUUCUCCACGAUCUCCUGCGCCUGCGGACGCGGCAGGACGCGGCAGGACGCGAGACGACGACCGACGACGACGUACCUCCCCUGCUCUCCCCUCUUUCGCCUACCUACCCUAGCUAGCGGCUAGCCAAGCGAAGCGGUAACGCGCAAAGCCUCCUCUGGCAGUGCGAUUUCAGACCGAACACGUUUAUCGUGACGAUCGAUGAUCCCGCGGCAAGGGAUCGACUCGAAAGUGCCGCGGAAGUGCACCUGGUGUUUGCCGUUUCUCUCGGGUCGACCGCGCGACCCGCGCGCACGGAUCCGUCGUCGUGACUGUCGUGAGUCGUGAACGUGACGCGACGCGCGAUCGCGACGUCGCCGAGACGAGAGAAUCUCCGAUUGGAUUUCCGUCGCGCGGAAACGGCUCGCGUUACCGGACUAGAGCCUUAGGUAUUUGCAAGAGAGAGAGAGAGAGACAGACAGACGGAGUAAGUAAGAAGCCGAAAGCGGGAGGGAAAGAGAAAGAAGAGAGUGAGAGAGGGAGGCGGAUUUUCUCUCGGUGGCUUCGACAACCGUAAACCGUUGCAAAUUGGCCGAAUGGCGCACGCACGGCUCAGCUGUACGCAUUAACGCAUACGCCCGUGUGUGCCUUGCGGAAAGAUGCGCCUUCUCCCCGGGGAUUUUUAUUCGUCUGGAUGACGUUGCCUGCCAGCGACGGGACGUAGGGUGAUGUCGUCGGUGAGAAAGUAUGGAGCAUUCAUCGGGCGUCGCAGUUGUUACACCUCAAUGUAGCUCAAGUCGAUGCUACAUUUAGCCUUGCGAUUAGUCUCUCUCGAUAGUCUUUCUAUUAAUGUGACAGAAACAGAGUACACAGAGAGUGUGUUGAGGCACAAUAAUCCAAACUCCUAUAAAAAGGAGAGAUGGAUGCGGUGUGCGACGAAGACAGGCGGAGACGCCUACGGGCUUUGGAGGAGCGUAUCAAGGAUCCGAGAAGCGUCACGAAUAUCGACUGUUUGUUGGACACGGUUCAAGCUCUGGUAACAGAUUGCGAUCACGCGAGCGUAAAACGUAUGAAAAAUAUAGAAGCUUAUAUGAAUAGAUAUGACUCUGUAGCCCAAGAGAUUUAUAAAAUGCGAAUGCGCACGGACGAUUUUACUUUGAUCAAAGUAAUUGGCCGCGGCGCGUUCGGAGAGGUGCAGUUGGUUAGACACAAAUCUACGCAAAAAGUUUAUGCUAUGAAAUUACUUAGUAAAUUUGAAAUGAUUAAAAGGUCAGAUUCUGCAUUUUUUUGGGAAGAGAGAGAUAUAAUGGCUCACGCAAAUUCACCGUGGAUAGUUCAGCUCCACUUUGCGUUUCAAGACCAAAAGUAUCUCUACAUGGUGAUGGAUUACAUGCCGGGCGGGGAUCUGGUCAACUUGAUGUCGAAUUACGAAGUGCCGGAGAAAUGGGCGAAAUUUUACUGCGCCGAAGUGGUGCUCGCGUUGGAUGCGAUACAUAAUAUGGGUUUCGUUCACAGAGACGUGAAGCCGGAUAACAUGUUACUCGAUAGGCAUGGCCAUUUGAAGCUCGCCGACUUUGGCACAUGUAUGAGGAUGGAUGCUGAUGGUUUAGUGCGGUCCGAUACUGCGGUCGGCACCCCCGAUUACAUAUCUCCGGAGGUUCUACAGUCGCAAGGUGGAGAAGGAGUGUAUGGCCGCGAAUGCGACUGGUGGUCCGUGGGUGUCUUUUUGUAUGAGAUGUUGUUUGGCGAUACACCGUUCUUUGCCGAUUCUUUAGUCGGCACAUAUUCCAAGAUCAUGGACCACAGAAACUCCCUGUACUUCCCUCAGAACGUAGAGAUAUCUCACUCAGCAAAGAACUUGAUAUGCGGCUUCCUCACCGAUAGAACAAAGCGCCUGGGUCGCAAUGGCGUCGACGAAAUAAAAAACCAUCCGUUUUUCAAGAAUGAUCAAUGGACCUUUGACAAUCUGAGGGAAUGCGUGCCGCCGGUAGUGCCUGAACUUUCCGGGGAUGACGAUACCAGCAAUUUCGAUGAUGUCGACAAGGAGGAUGGACCAGAGGAGAGUUUCCCAGUGCCUAAAGCUUUUUCCGGAAAUCAUUUGCCUUUCAUCGGAUUCACUUACUCGGGUGAUUACCAGUUAAUGGUUUCUUAUGGCAAGGAAUCCGUAGACGGUCUCGAGAAUCAUGUCAACAAUGGUACUACUGACGAUGUCAAGAUCUCACAGCUGGAGAAUUUGCUGGAACGCGAGAGGCGGCAGAUAGAGACGAUGGAGUCGAGACAAAAGGCACUAAACACGCAAUUGGAAGCGAUGGCAUGUCGAGAGGCCGAGCUGCGCGAGGAAGUUGGUAGGGCGGAUAAGGAGCUGACGCUACUCAGACACAACUAUAAGGAAGCGCAACGCAGAGUAGAGCACGAAACUGAGACUCGUCGUAAGGCAGAGUCGUUGCUAGUAGAGGUGAAGAAAAAGUUUGAUGAGGAGCAGACGAGACGGGCGCGAGACGCUAGCAAUUCACAGCAGACAUCCGAGCGAGUGACGACGUUGGAGAAACAGAUCAAAGAGAUGCAAUGCAAACUGGAGAGAGAAACGGAAACAGUUACGAGAUUGCGCAAGCAAGCGACGGAAGUCACCGUGGCACGUCAAGCCGCCGAGCAAAUGGCCAACGAGUUGCAAGUUGCCAGAGCUCAGCUGCAAGCGCAGCGUGAUAACUUGCAGCAGGAAGUUGCUACUCUUCAGGGCCAACUUUCCAAGGAACGUAGUUCAAGAUCACAAGCGUCAUUGUUGACGGCCGAAUUGGAGACUCGUCUUUCCACUUUGCAUCUUGAGUUAGAACACAGCCAUGAGAAGGAGGAGAAGGCGACUCUGGACAAUAGACAACUGACCGAAAGAGUUUCCGCGUUGGAGAAAGAAGCUGCUAGUUUAACCCUCGAAUUGAAAGCAGCACAAGCCAGGUACAAUCAGGAAGUCGUGGCGCACCAAGAAACGGAGCGUUCGCGCAUUCUUUCUAAGGAGGAAGCUAAUCUGGAAGUUGUCAAAGUGCAAAAGAAUGGAAUUUCCGAAGCUCUACAAGCAAAAUUAAACGAAGAGAAAAGUGGCAGACAACGUGCGGAAUUACUUGCGCAGGAAAAGGAACGUCAAACGUCAAUGCUCUCUGUCGAUUACAGACAGAUACAGCAACGAUUGCAGAAAUUAGAGGGUGAGCACAGGCAAGAGAUGGAGAAAGUCAAGGUUCUGCAAGGCCAAGUUGAGCAGGAGCAACAGAAAAGGAAUGUUCUGCAGACCGAAUUAGGUCAGCAAACAUCCGAAGCCGGCAGGCUUCGCGCUCGCGAACAACAAUUAAUCGGAGAGGUUGCUCAGUUGAGGGAGGCUAAGCGGCAAAUAGAUGAGGAGUUACAUCACUUGAAGACACAAAGGAAUGUCGAUCAGCUACAGACGAAGGAACUGCAGGAGCAAUUGGAAGCCGAAGCUUAUUUCUCGACUCUGUACAAAACCCAGACACAAGAGUUGCGCGAAGAGUUGGAUGAGAAAAUAAGAUUGCAGCAAGAAUUGGAAGAAGAACGUAGCUCUCUGGUUCAUCAACUGCAGUUGUCCUUGGCGCGCGGUGACAGCGAGGCUCUAGCCAGAUCCAUAGCGGAGGAAACUGUGGCGGACCUGGAGAAAGAAAGAACCAUGAAAGAAUUGGAGUACAAAGACGGAGUGACCAAACAUCAUCAGGAAUUAAGCGCGAAGGAACAAGUCAUAAACAGAUUUAAGGAGAAUGAGAGUGAAUUCAAGAAAUCGAUCGAUCAAACUCUGAAGGAGAAAGAAGACUUGAGCAAGCGGUAUAAGGAAUUGCAGGAACAAUUAGGUAAAGCACAGUCAAACAUGGAGGAAAUUGACAAGCUUAGCAGUAAGCUGAAGACCGAGCAACUGUUGAAGCAGCAGGCAGUCAACAAGUUAGCCGAGAUUAUGAACCGGAAGGAUCUUUCGUCGAGCGGGAAAAAUAAGAAUAAAGCGUCCGCCGCAGAUCUGAGAAAGAAAGAGAAAGAUUGCAGACGCUUGCAGCAAGAACUCACUCAAGAGAGAGAGAAGUAUGGACAGCUGGCAGCUAAAUGGCAGAAGGAUUUGCAGGAUUUGCAAGCGCAACUCGUGGAGGAAAACCAAGCGAAGCUGAGGUUGCAAAUGGAACUCGACUCGAAGGACUCGGAGAUAGAAACGCUGCAAAUGAAAGUCGCGUCGCUCAACUCGGAAACUGCAAGUGUCUCGUCUAUAGAAAACGACGACGGUGAAGACUCGGUCCUAUCCGAGCACGGUACGAUGAGAUUGGAGGGUUGGUUAAAUGUGCCAAAUAAGCAGAACAUUAAGCGGCACGGUUGGAAGAAGCAAUACGUUGUUGUUUCCUCCAAGAAGAUAAUCUUCUACAACAGCGAAAACGACAAGAUGAAUGCCGAUCCGGUCCUGAUAUUAGACUUGAAUAAAGUCUUCCACGUUAGAUCUGUUACUCAGGGUGAUGUUAUCCGAGCCAAUGCCAAAGAUAUACCCAGAAUAUUUCAGUUACUCUAUGCUGGUGAAGGUGAAGCGAGGCGGCCUGGUGAUGAGGGCAAUACUUUGCCUGGAGUGGAUUUACCACAACUUACAGACAAACCUGGUACUCAAUCGCUCAAGGGCCAUGAAUUCGUAUCAAUAUCUUACCACAUGCCAACGACCUGCGAAGUCUGUUCCAAGCAACUCUGGCACAUGUUUCGGCCUUCGCCGGCCCUCGAAUGUCGAAGGUGCCGCAUUAAGGUUCACAAGGAACAUUUGGAUAAGAAAGAAGAUGCCAUAGCACCGUGCAAACUGCACUACGAUCCGAACAGCGCCCGCGAGCUAUUGCUGCUCGCGGCAAAUCCCGAGGAUCAGAAAUAUUGGGUCUCGCGACUGUCCAGGCGCGUCCAGAAAUGCGGCUACAAAGCGAACUCGCAUGUGGACGGCGGCACGGGACAGCGCGUCUCACCAAGGGAAUCCACAAGGUCGACCUUGAAGCCAUAUUUGUCGGUGCAACAACGAUCCGCAACAUUGCCAGCGAACGCCAGUAUGGGCAAGUGAUCCUGGAAGAGGCUAAUACUGGCGAUUCUAGAAAGACUCCGCUCUGAUGUCCCACUUUCUUCGAUAACAUCAGUGGGAAUAUCGAGCCGUCGUAAUCAACUAUCACGACCUCGGCGAUUUUAUCUGCACACCUGCGAUGACCGGAAGUAGACUAUCAAUAAUUUCCUAGAUUGAGAGUAAUUGAAAUAGUGAUCGCGCGAUCGUAAUGUUACUAUUUGCAGCUAAGAUUAAGUAAAAAUCCAAGUUUGAGAAGCGCUGGAGAAAACAGGGUUACUUAUAUACCGGGUGAUAGACGGGGAUAUGGUACGGGAAGGAGGAUAGAGAAAAAUAGAACGCCAUAUCCAUGGUCUCUGCACGCCAUUGUUGUUCCCGGAGCGAUAACACAGAGAUCCGUUGUAUUCUUCGAAAUUGCUAGAUCGUUUUAUCGUGAGCGACGAUAAAAUGGUGUAAUAAUUUUUGUACAUUAUUCAUUAUAUUCAUGAUAGACUGUAGAACAUUCUUUCGAAGGAUGAUCGAAUUUCUGUGGUAAUUUUCCUAAUUGGAACUAUACUCGACUUUAUACGCACAUUUCUUACUGCCUUUGAUAAUGUUUAACGGCGAAUCUUGAUGAAAACUUUUAGCCUAAGGCAUGUUUUGGAUGCUUUAAAUCGAAAUUUCAGAAAUUUGUAAUGAAGAGUAUAGUUUUUUGAAAUUGUUUUAUCUAUCUGUCUAUCUAUCUAUCUAAAUUGAUCUAUAUAUAUAGAUAGAUAGAUAGAAGAGAGAGAGAGAGAGAGAGAGAGAAUGUUUUCCGAGAACGUGUGUGUCAGUAGGUACGCGCAAGAAUUUUGCUUUUAACAUAACUUGCGUCUUAGAGCGGAUUUAUGUAACGUUUGAUAUUCUGAGCAAAGUUGGUUUUUUUUUUUUUUUGAAGGUAUAAAUAACUGAACACGCGUCCGAGGAUCAACAUUUUUAUAGAUAUUUUAAGUCAGGCACGUGAAUCGGACAUUGUGACGAAAAAGCAAAGCAACAUUCUAUUUGCAAGAUUGAUCUACGUAUGGCGCGUGGAAGGAGUAUGCGAGUACACAGCGGCAAGUGCCAGCUUGUAUAAUAGAGAUAAUGAUUACGGCUGUAUGUUAAGAAUUUUUAUUAUGAUGAUAUACAAGCUAAUGAUGUCCGCUGUAUCCCGAUAAGAGAGAGUAAGAGGGGGGAGGGGGAGGGGAGAGAAAGAAAAUGCUAAGAGGACGAAUUAAGAAAAUCAUGCAUAAUCAAGAGGAAGCGAUAGAAAUGAUAGAAGCUACGGAAGCUUCGUUAUAUGGUGCCAUAACGGCUUGGCCAUCUUUGGCAUCGAAGGAAGCGAUAAACAAGAAAGCUAGAAAUGAUUUUUGGAAUCGUUUAUUAUUAACGCGUCAUCGCCAUCUGUGUUCUUUCCAAAAUAUCUCCCCGAGACAUCGUGCCGCAUCAAGACUUGUCGGAACGAAGAGAAUCGCUUACAUCGACGCGUUAGUCAACUUUAACUAUGGUUAUGGUUAAUUAGAUACUUUUUCUACAAUUUUAACUUACACACAGUUGCAAUGAUUCUAUGUCUCUUUUCUCUUCCAGAGAUGGAAUCUGAAAAGAGUUUUAUCUAUAUUUCUAAGAGGAUCCAGGAAAAAAUUUGAAACAAUAUUUCAAUUAACUUUGAUUUAUGGAUGAUAACGAUCAAUAUAACGAUAGAAAAAAUAAAAGCAAUAGAAAUAAGUUAUGCAAGUUGAAGCUCAUCAUUUAUUACAGCUAAUUUUAGUUAAUAAAAUUUUCCAUCUGGAUUAUAGCUAAAACUAAAUGAAGAAUGGAGUUGCUAAUUGGAGUUAGUUAGAUAAAAGUUGUCGAUGUACGUGAUUCUGAGAGCUCAGCGAGACGUUUCUCAAAUGGUGCUCCUCCCUGUCCUAUCCAUCUUUUUGGUUUGGCGAAGCAGUGAGAAUGGGUGAGAAGUUGUCGAAAGUUUCCGUUGCAGAAAAAUCGAAA